AUGGGCCUCAAAUCCGCCAUAGUCCCUCUCGUCCUCUCCCUCAGCUGCAUCACCACCCUCGCAGCAGCCGAGUCAUACACCCUAACAGCCUACUCCCCCGCAAGCCGCGCGAUCCACGGCAAACCCGUCAACGCCAGCGGCCGCCGCUUCAUCAUCGGCCUCGACGCCCCGAUGUCCUACUGCCCCGACGUCGCACGCGACUCCUGCCCACCCGGAAACAUCACCACCGUCGACGGACUUCUCACGGCAAUGAUGGUCAUGGUCCCAGGCGGACAGAACAUCUACGUCGAUCCCGAGGGGUUCGUCGGCUUUACCCAGGCACACUCGGCCUCUUUCCCCGCCAACUCCACCGUGAUGAGGGGCUUCUAUAGAACAACCGCCAAGUCCUCCUCUCCGUGCGACGCCGAGCCGCCGACGGACCUCCUCGAUUUCUGCGACCCAAAGGAUGCCGCGAGCGAGGGUGUGCACGCUUGUCCUUACCACGAUGUCGUGGGGACUUGGGUGCUCGUCGCGGGCAGUACCCGGGCGAGGGCGCGGCGGGGUGAUUGUCAGCGGCUCGAGGGGUUGGAGUUACACGAGAGUGAGAUCGAGCUUGGAGCGUGGCAGUAUACGUGA